CUCAGGCGCACAGAGGCCGGACGCUUGCGUCAUCCCAUGCUCCUCUGCGUGUUGGCCGCACGCUAACAGUCAAACGGGAGCCGUGCUCUGGCCCCCCCCGGGGGGAAAACAGUGUUUUUCGUGGAGUUGGGGUCCCGAAGCUUUGUGCGUGGGCAGUCUUGGACCUGGCCACACUGAGAUAAGGAAGCCUCCUCAGCUGGUAUUGAUGCCGAAUGUGACUUUUUAGCGUAUUAAAAUGGCCGCGCCCCAAAACGCCGUCCCUUCCUUGUCGGAAUGCCAGUGCCUCAUCUGUUUGGAAAUCUUAAUCGAGCCCGUAACUCUGCCUUGUAACCACACACUCUGUAAUCAAUGUUUCCAGUCAACUAUCGAAAAGGCAAGUUUAUGCUGUCCUUUCUGUCGCCGCCGGAUCUCUUCGUGGACCCGGUACCAUGCCCGAAGAAAUUCUCUUGUCAACCUGGAACUGUGGCAGAUAAUUCAAAAACACUAUCCAGAAGAAUGCAGGCUUAGAAUGUCUGGGCAGAAAUCAGAGGAGAUGGUUGAUGACUUUAAGCCAGUUCGCUUAUUAAGUAAGCCCGGGGAAUUGAGAAAAGAAUAUGAAGAGGAGGUAAGCAAGAUGGAGGCAGAGCGACGAGCCAUUGAAGAAAAUGAAGAAAAAAUGAGUAAAGAAUACAUACAGAGAUUAUUGGCAGAAGAAGAAGAGGAGGAAAGACGGCAGUCACGAAAAAGGCAAAGAGAGCUGGAGGAACAACUGAAAAGUGAUGAAGAACUAGCAAGAAAGCUAAGCUUUAAUCUUAAUUACUGUGACAGAAAGGACUUGGCUUCUCCUUUGAAUUCCACAAAACCUGGUACGGUCACAGCCAAGUCUCCAAAGAAAAGUAAGAAGAGAAACACCAACACUGGAGAUAUUCAGACAUACUUCUCACCUAAAUUUCAGUUUGGGUCAACAUCACGGUCUGAAGUUGCCCAAGAAAGCAGGAAUAUCUCCAUGUCCAAGGAAACUGACACCACUGUCGUAAAAAGCCCUGUGUGGCAAGAUACAGUAAGUGAAGAAGAUAUGCCAACAGUUUUUCCACAACUAUCCAUGGACAUUCAAGAACAGGCUGCACAGUCUUCAGUAGAGUCACCUGUACCUCAGUUGCAUGACAACGGUAGAGAAUGGUGCCUUCAACAAAAAAUUAAAAUGACACGAAGCAAUCGUGAUAAAGAGUUACGUGCCCUAAAUAACAAGGGACCUGAAGCCAGAGUUCCCUGCUUUGGAGAAACAGAGAGUGCAUGCACUGUAUCAGGUAUGACACAGAUCAUUGAAAGUAACAAAGUUGACACAGAAAAUGAAGACGAUGGCCUACUGAUCAGUGAAGAUAUUUCCAAAGGAAAAAACCAGGAAUCUUUGUUUGAAGCAGUCACGGAUCCAUGCAUUUCUGCAAAAAGAAAGAAAAUGUUCCCCAAAGCUUCCUCAGCUCCAGAGGAAACAGAAAUCAACGUUACCGAGAAUGUCAUAGAUUUGGAAUGCUUGCCUUCUGAGAGAAAUAAACAGGAAGAGCAGGACUGGUUUUUUGCAUAUCAGCUUCAGCAAGAAAUAGACAAAGAACAAAUGAGGCCCAACCGGCAAAAAGGGUCCCCAGAUGAAUAUCAGCUACGUCCUAUAUCUUCACUUCCAGACAAAUUGCGAAGUGGGCAGAGGAAGUAUUCCAAAGACCAGAAGUUCAAAAAACAGACUGAUAGAGAGCAUUUAAAAUCUCGGAGAGGCUCAGAAAAUGAAAACUGACAGCCAUCUCUUAAGAUCCAGUUGAAACAUUCAGUUAAUGUUAACAGGAGAAAGAUACCAAAUCCUUCUACAGAUAAUUGUAAUGUAUCUAAAAGGGCUCAUUCCCUACCAUCUAGUAAGUCACAGACAACUAUUUUUCAGAUGUUUCAGAGGUAUGGAAAGUAAUGUGUGAGUAAAGGGAGUCUUUUGUAAUCUAGUAAAGCUGGAUUGUGAUCAUCUCUUUUUGGUUGGAGAGUCUUUAUAAAUUGUUUCAUUAAUUCUGCUCUGUGGUCACAUUCCCUGUCCUUAAUAAAAGGACUGUGUUGGGGCGCCUGGGUGGCUCAGUGGGUUAAGCGGCCGACUUCGGCUCAGGUCAUGAUCUCGCGGUCCGUGAGUUCGAGCCCCGCGUCGGGCUCUGUGCUGACAGCUCAGAGCCUGGAGCCUGUUUCAGAUUCUGUGUCUCCCUCUCUCUGACCCUCCCCCAUUCAUGCUCUGUCUCUCUCUGUCUCAAAAAUAAAUAAACGUUAAAAAAAAAUUAAAAAAAAAAAAGACUGUGAUUAUGAGGGAGGAAUAUACACAUGCGUUUCUGCCAAACUCAGUGGUAAUCAGGAGUCCCAGUCUUUUCCUUUUAAAUAACUGUGAUGUACUAAGUUUGACAAUCCUUAUGAAUAUAAAAAUGCCUUGGCGAACUCCCGAGAAAUCUUCAAGUGCCAUUUUCUUUCCAAAAAAUGCAUGCUUUUUGGCCUUUGCUUCUUUCCCUUUUUAUCCUAGCUAGUAAUCAAAGCAAGAUUAUAAUACUAUACCAAGUAGUUAGGAAUCCAGGCAGGGUAAGUUCUCCUGCUACUUUCCCAUAUAUUUGCAGAACGCUUGAAACGUAUCUUCCAUAACACCAAAGGAAUCUAGUUUUCAGUUUGACUUGAAUUAUUUUAAGCAUUAUAGCAAUUUCUUCCAUUUAAAAUGGUUUAUGAUUAAUGUGAGAUCAGAAAAAUAAGAGUUUCCUGGAAAAUUAGGAAUUAGUUGACAAAGGAAACUAGUCUCUUGUUGCAAAAGGAGUUAAAAGUUGGGGUGAGGCUCAAUGGGGUGGAUUGACAAUUUAGAAACACUGGAACUGAGGGAAUAAUCAGAAAAGGGGUCAAGGUGGAGUAGCAGGUGAGUUUUGGCAGAGGAUUCUCCUUCCUCCUAUCUUUGCUAAAUGACAUGGAAAACAUUUGGGUGUUUUAGUUUUUCACACCAUAGUAUCUGGAUCUGGUGGCAAAUCAAAAUCAGUUACUAAAUUACCUGAAGUUGGGGGAAUUAACAUUUCUCUUAAUCUGCUAUCCCAGGAAAAAAAUGGGAAUUUACUUUAGGAGUUAAAUAUAGUAUCUCAUGUUGUGAGACCUGAGACAUAACUAUGUGUCUAUUUCUUUAUACUAUCAUUUGUAUUGAUACUGUUAUUUGUGUUGAUGGACAGAAAAAGAAAGUCUGAUGCUUGGGUUUUGCUGUCUUACCCCUGAAAGUUAAAUCAGAAGGCAGUGAUUUCAUUUUGUCAAAUUCAACUCAGAGACUUAAUCUCUUGUUUAUUAAUAUGAACGACUUUAAGCAAACAGCAGUUUUAACAGCAUUUCUGCUGAUCUCUAGUUCUCUGUCCUUUUAAAAUAAAAAUACAAUAAAAUGUCCUGGAGCUAAAAAAAAGUAUUUAUGUUUAAAGAAAAACUGGUUUCUCUCUUUGUCUUUAGCUGCAAAAGAUCCACUGGAUCUGAGAAAUAUGCUAGUUUUCUAGAAAUUAUAAGGUUGUAUUCAAAAUCGCAGAUCAUUCAUUUGCUUGUAAUUUAUCUUGCAGUUAAGUAGAGAUCAACCUACUUUGCCACAUUAGUGCUUCCUCAGCGUUAUUUAUUAGAGUGCCUUUUGUUUCUUUAUUGGUUCGGUUUACAUUAACGUCAUGAGUUAUUAAAUACACAUUUCCCUUAGAAUUUUUACCUUGUUGUUUCAUUUGUCUUUUCCCAAAAUAGUACCAAUGAGUUUAACUACUCUACUUAACACACUGUGGUAUCUGAUUACACAAAUCUUGCUUUAAAAAUAUUUCUUAUUUAUUCUUGCUUCCUGAUUGAUCUAAGCAAACAUUCUGCAAAAUUUGAACUAAAAAUGCCUAGCUUCUUGCUGUUAGAUUUGAUUUAGAAAAUACUUCGGAGAGGGUUGGCAAGUUUAAAAUAUUUAGUCUUUGUAACCGACAACAUGGUGUCUCUCUUCAAUGUAUGUAAGUGUUCGUUAUGGUAUUUAGUCAAGUUUUAUAGUUUUCUGCUCAUAGGUCCUGCUCAUUUUAUCUAGUUUACUCUUAGACACUUUAUAUUUUAUUGUUUAAAUCUGAAGACAAUAGAUUUUCCAUUAUACCUUCUAACUAGUUUUUUUUCUGCCAUGCUUGCAGUUUG